AUGAUAAUUAACUUAAAGGGCAUGGAGAAAAGGGAAUAUGGGCAAGAGGAGUUACGAGACAACUUGACCAUCAGUGUGAUGAGUUUCGUACCCACUCUAGAUGAUGAUGGAAAGCCCAUCACCUGUCGGGCGGAAAAUCCAAACGUAACCAACCUUUUUCUUGAGACAACAUGGACUAUAAGUGUCGUAUAUCCACCCGUGGUGAAAUUAAGAUUAGGCAGUUCGCUGGCUGCAAGUGACAUAAAGGAAGGUGAUGAUGUGUACUUCGAGUGUCAUGUACGAGCCAAUCCAAUGGUACGGAAACUGUCAUGGCUUCAUGAUGUGAGUAAUUUGAUAUUUUCAUAA